AUGAUCGCCAAAGUCAAGACCGUGCUUGAGCAGCUCGAGGAAGUUGUCAAGGUCGAUGCCGACACCUUCGACUUUGACUACAUCAAGACGCUCCCCUUUAUCCCUCAUGACGCGACCAGCAACCAGGGGUUCAUCCACGAGUCUCUCAUCGACCCUCGCAACAGGGAUGUUGUCGACCAGACCGUCCAGGAGCUCAAGGGACAGUCGUGGGAGGACGUGUACGCCGUUUGUGUGGCGCGUAUUGCGAAGAAGGUGAUUCCUUUGAUCUCUGGUCGUGUGCUGGCUCAGACCUCGACCUCGCACGCAUACGACACCGACUACAUUGUGGGCCAUGCCCGCCUCUACGCCAAGUCCUUCGAGGCUGAGGGCAUCACUCGCGACCGCUUCUGCGUGAAGAUCCCAGUCACCAGCGCGGGCAUCAAGGCGGCACAGAUCCUCAAGGAGGAGGGCAUUCCUACUCUUGGCACAGCGCUCUUCUCCCUCCACCAGGCCAUUGCUGCCUCCCAGGCUGGCAUGCACGCCAUCAGCAUGUACCUCAACGAGAUUCCGGCCCACUCUGUCGCUGGUGUUUACCCCGAUGUUGCCGACCCCGCGACCCAGGCGCCAAUGGCUGCCCGCCACAUGCAUAUCCGUGAGACGUACAACCGUCUUGCCAAGGAGACUGGCAAGCCCCAGCCCCAGAUGAAGACCGCGUCGUUCUGCGUUCCCGGCGAUGUUCUGGCCUGUGCCGACCUUGGUGCCGACCACGUCACUGUCGGAACCCCUAUCCUUACCGACCUGAUGGAGUACUCGACUAUUCCUGAGUACCGCCCGGGCAUGUGGCAUGUCCCCUUCAAGGUGCAGGCCGAAGACAAGGAGCGCGAGUGGCACGUCUGGGCACCUGGCAAGCCGUCGGACGCCAGGAUGCAGGCUCUCCUCAAGGUCGACCCGGCAAGCAGCGUUCCUGCCGACAAGUGGACCAUGGCCUCCACAGACGUGGACUACACCGCGCCUGGCGUGGUGGACCAGUACAACGAAGCGGACCCUGCCACUCGCGACCGCCUCGCCAUGGCCCUGAAGUUCUUCAACGGCAAGGAGACUGAGAGCAAGGAGUUCCUGGAGGGUCUGCAGGCUGCGGCUUAG